AUGUACUCAAAGUCCUGGAUCCUUAAUGCCCUUCCAGCACCCUUGGUGCCCUACUGCGAGCUCACCCGCGUGGGCUACCUUCCCAUCGGCGUGCUAGUUUCAUACCUCCCCGUCCUAGUCGCCAUCUUGCACGUCGCAGCCGUCGCCCGCCUUCCAUACGACAAUAUCCUUGAUUCCUGUCUCCAAUGGCUGCCCCUCUGCUACGUCUACAGUGCCUACGGUUGCGUUGUUGACGAUAUCGCAGAUCAGGACCUUGACAGGAAGGUCGAGCGCUGCCAGCACCGACCUCUGGUCCGCGGCGCUGUAUCAACCACUUCUGCGUGCCUCUUCGCAGCGUCGUUGGCCUCUCUUGCUGUCUUUCUCACAAAGACCUUCUUCCCAGACCAGCCGGCCGUACAUAUUCCCGUCGCGUUGGCAGGAUCCAUCAUCUACCCGUUCCUCAAGCGUUUCACGAACUUCGCCCUGCUCUACCUCGCCUUCUUGUACGUGGCCACAGGCCUGAACGCCUCUCGCACUAUUGGCUAUGAUAUCUUGUCUGCCCCGGACCAUCUGCUUACGUCCAACCUCCUCCUCGCGGCAGCCGUCUUCAUCGCCAACGUUUCGGUGGAGACGAUCUACAUGCACGCAGAUUUGGAAGACGACAUCAAAUCAGGCAUUGGAAGCCUCGCGGUAAAGAUCCAAGGCUACUCCAAGCCAGUCCUGUUCCUAGCGGCAGUGGCAUAUGGAUCCCUUGUGUUGGCCAGUGGUCUCGCGGCCGAGUUCGGCAAGUGGUAUUUCACUGGCGCUAUCACGUCUGCUCUGACGCUGUUCACACUUGUGGCAAGAGUCGAUCUGAAGAACGGGAAGAUGUGUGAACAGUUCUUUUUCAUGGGGAACGCAGUGCUCAUGAGCCUCCUUGCGGCCGGUUUGUAUGGGGAGUGCAUUGCCUGA